AUGACUGUCUCGUACCAGUAUGAUGUGGCGUCCACUUCAUCGGGCGGCUUCAUCCGGCUGCUUUUCAGAUGGAAGGGUUCGGUAUGGAAGCUAGUCUACUACGAACUCUCUCUGUUGGCGUUAGGGUACGCCAGUCUGUCGUUGCUGUACAGAUAUGCCUUCAACGAAGACCAGAGACAAAUCUUCGAAAGGAUCGUUUAUCAUUGCGCAAAAUUCAUGGACAAAAUUCCGUUAUCCUUUCUACUCGGAUUCUACGUCUCAUUCACUGCCACUCGAUGGUGGAGCCAAUACAUGGCGAUACCUUGGCCGGACAGGGUUAUGAACGUGGUUUCGAUGUACGUUCCCGGAACAGACGAAAGAAGUCGGAUGCUGCGACGAACUUUGAUGAGAUAUCUUAAUUUGACGCUCAUACUCGUUCUACGCUCUAUCAGCAAAGCUGUCAAAAGGAGAUUCCCGACAAGGGAGCAUCUAAUCGAAGCAGGUUUCAUGACGAAAUUAGAAGCCGACAUCUGGAUGUCGAUUCCGUCGAACGAAUUCAACACAUUCUGGGUCCCGUGCACGUGGUUUAUCAACUUGCUCAGGGAGGCGAAAAUGGACUGCCGGGUCACAGACGGUUUCGGGGUCAAACUCAUAAUGGAGGAGUUCAACGAUUUUCGGGCGAAAUGUGGACUACUGUGGAGCUACGAUUGGAUCAGUAUACCGCUGGUGUACACUCAAGUCGUCACACUGGCCACGUACGCGUUCUUCGCAGCGGCACUUUUCGGUCGGCAGUACGUUCAAUCGAAUGAUCCGCUCAUAAACCAAGAGCUCAAGUUCGAUUUCUACGUCCCGGCUUUCACGGUUGUGCAAUAUUUCCUCUACAUGGGACUACUGAAAGUCGCUGAACAACUCAUCAACCCCUUCGGUGACGAUGACGAAGACUUCGAACUCAAUUGGAUCAUCGAUCGUCACAUCAAGGUGUGCUAUUUGGGGGUCGACACGCUGUGUGGUCCCCCGCCGCCCCUGGUCAAAGACUCCUACUUCUCAAAGAUGGACUAUAAACUACCCUACACUGCCGCUUCUGUUGCCUAUAAGAAGAAAACUUACAGGGGAUCCGCCGCUUGGAUGCAAGUUCCACAAAAAGAACAGUCCAUGGUGGUUCCCGAGGUGUCUGAAGAAGAUUACGAGGCCCAGGCGUCUUCUGAAGAAGUUCAGCUGAAGUCUUCGACUUGGAAUCUUCUUAAGUCGCAUAGACAUUCCAUCGCUGUUUCCAAAGAUGUUUCAUCAGUCAUGGAGAAGGGAGACUCAACUCUUCACAUCUACUUCAAAGCUCCCACCCCGUCGGCAUCGGAGCAACGUCUGGACGAGGAUCCGAAUGGCCUGCCGCAGGAUCCGAAUCGCCUCCAGCUUCCUGCGGAUAAUGGCUCGGUGGAUCAAACGGUGGCUCCGGUGAAAGCUCCCAAGAAGAAAAUGGGAAUAUUCGGGAAGAAAACGGUCAAAGUACAGGCGUGGAAAGGUCCAGAAGCAGACUACGACAACGAUCCGAGAUCGCCAUCGAAGGUAACUUUCGUCGACGACACGACGGCGAUGCUGCUGCGACGGCUGUCAAGUCCCGCGCUGCGGAAUAUGUCUUCAAGUCAGCCGGACUUGCACUACCUGGCGAUCUCGAAAGCCAAGCUCAGAGAACGGCUGAAUUCGGCCACGAUCAACGCGGAGAGAGCGGAGAGGUCACGCGGUGCUCUGGAGCACAUGUUGAUGGACCCGAAGAUUUUGGCCGAAACCGAAUUGCUCAUACAACCUCUACCGGGCGCGUGGAUCCACCAUCGGAGCAUGCCCAAUCUUCUCAUUGGAGCGAGUCCAGCGUCGACGGCUAAGCCGGAACCAGCACCGGCGGCGCCUUCGCCGCCACCGGUCGAACCGACACCGCCCGCAGACGUGGUCAUAGACAUAGAGCCGCCGUCUCGGGACUCGGAAAGUCCGGAGAGCGAAUAUGUUAUGAAGUUCUUGAAGGACAGGAUGGUCGUUCUACCGAAACAAAGAGCGGCUUCGGUCGAAAGUCUCAUAACUCGGAAGAGAUAUCCGUUGUUGAGAAAACGUUCCACGAGCUUAGACAGCUACACCCCGCCACCGAGUCCGGAGCCUCCCGUCGUCACCAUAAGUCUAACACCGAAGACAGACAUCACGGUCGAAGCUGUCAUAACCCCAAAAUCGAAAACACCGUCCCCCCCACCACCGCCCCCUCCUCCUAAAGAACAACAACCGCCCCAGCCACCUCCUCUGCCCCCGAAACCGAAGCCCCCGGAACCAGAGACGCCGCCGGAAACGUCAGUGAAGCCGAAGUUCCGUUUCCGGAAACCGAAGGAGGCCGAACCAACGAAGCCGGUUCAGUCGUACCUGCAGGAAAAAUCCCUCGGGGCUUCGAGGUUCCGUCGACAACCACAAAUUCCAGGAUUGAUUAAGCCCCCGCCGCUUCCGUUCUGCGCGGAGAUGCCGAAGCUGCGACCUGUGCAGCUCUCGGAGGACAAGGAAGACGACAGAGACGAUCCUGCAGGCGAAGGCGAACUAUCGAUGCUGAGCCCGCAGACGGAACAUCUCCUGAAACCUAGUCAGCUCCGCCGGAUAUCGAGACAGCACGAUCCAAAAUCAAAGAAGAAGAAAGAGAGCUGA